AUGGUGUACUCAAACUCUAACUACACCCCCACUUACUACUCAACACUCCAUGAUUCAAUCACCUCUUUCUGCAAGACCAUUCUUCCUUUCAGCUUCAAGAAACGAUCUAUACAAUCUGCGGAACAUAAGCUCUCAAAGCUACAAUCUGAUAACCUUAAAUGGCAACAAGAUUCUUUUCACCAAGUUUUGAACUUGAUGGGUCUUCAUAAAGAAGGAAUUGUAGCUGAAACUGAAGUUUCAGCUUUCAAAACUCACUUGCUUGAAACCCUUAUCGCUUCGUCUUUGGAACAAGAGAAUCCGGUUAUAUUAAGAGACAAGCUUCUGUUUUUGCAGGAACUGCUUUAUGCUAAGUGUAUCUCUGAAGAGGAUUACCAUUCUUCGAAACGGCCAUUGUUGCAAAGAUUAGCGGUGCAAGGAGUUCAGAUUCAAGCUAAGGAUGUAAUCGCGGGGAAGUCGAAGGAUGUGAAAAAGAAUUCUGAAGAGGAGUGGUCCGUGAUUGAUUUGAAGGAUGAUAAGAGUUUAAUGAAUAAGGAGAAUUUGAAUUCUAAGGGAAAAUCGAAUCACGGGUCGGCUUUGAAACAGAUAAAGGGAUCGGUUUUGGGGUUUGUUUCUUCUAACAAGCAUGAAAAGAGUAUAUUUGAUUCACCUUCUUUGAAACAACAGAAUGAAGGUGUGUCAAUUCUAAUGGAGGAAAGUGGGCCUCCAGAACCGGGUUCGGAGAAGUCGAAGAGGAAACCGUUUAGGACUUUGUUUCAUAGGGAGCAGAGAGAGGGGUCUGAGGUAGAACAAAGAGGAGGGAAAUCAGUGAAAAAGCAAUGGGGGUUUGAUGGAUUUAAGAAAGGGAAGAAAGUUGAAUUGGAUGAUGAUGAAACAGCUCCUUUGCCUCUGAAUCAGAGAUCUGAUAGUGAGGCCUUCUCGGCUUCAUCUCAGUCUUUUGCAAGGGGUGUUGGGGAUGGACCAGACACCAAGUUGAUCAAGAAAAAGUUGCAUUCUGAUGGUGCCCCAUCUGAUUUUUUCAUAGACAAGGUUUUGGGAAACAACAUAAAGAAGGAGCUGUCAAGAAUUCAGACAGAACUUAGCAGCACAAAUCCAAAUCUUAAAUUUUCGAAUGAUCAAAUGGAAGCAAUAUCUACCAGGAUUCCGGUGGACAAGGCUGAUCUGAAAAACUACUUCCCCAAAUCAUGGUGUGACCGAUACGGUGAUGUUGUGUUGGAUGUGGUGAAAAAGGAAUUCAAAAACCAUGUUGAAGAAAUGGAAAACAUGCGCAGCAUAGCGAAAGAAAAACACAGUGAGAACUCGAGGCGAUGGACAACAUUUGAUGAUGAUGAGAAUAUGCAUCCGAAUCUUUUUGUUCAUCAUGACAAUUCGGUUCGCAGUAGCAACAUCAAUCCAUUUUCUCGUGAUUAUUGA